AACCCCUGUUUGUGGAUGUAAGGAAAACUACAGUCGAAUAUCUGUCGAAUAUCCAACUUGAAUCUGAUUUUACCUCGGUUCAGAGGAGUGGGUAGCAAAUAUUGCCAAUGGCUACAUAAAAAACGAACUAUCCACACUCAAUAAUCUUUCUUAAAAGCUAAGGAGUCGCAGAAUGUUGUUAGCCAGCUAACGAUAUUGUUGCAUUGCUUGUCAACUUGGUUGGGUCCUCGAGGAAUUACUGUCACGCUAGCCAGCGCUUCAACUGCAAACGUUAGCUUCUAGUAGUGUGAGCCAAACCCUACUUAGUUCAAUUUAUCUCUGGUCAGGACCCAGUGGUCAGCAGUAUCCUUGCUAGCCGUGAGGGAUGAGCCAUGGGCCGGAACGUCGUGGGAUCCAUGUGGACCAGUCAGAGCUGUUGUGUACGAAGGGAUGUGGUUUCUAUGGCAAUGUGGCCUGGCAGGGCCUCUGCUCCAAGUGCUGGCGGGAGGAGUACCAACAAACCAGACACAAACAGAUGCAGGAUGACCAUGCUCUGGCAGAGAGGUUACAGAUGGAGGAGGAGGCAGCAUAUGCUAACAACCACCAGGGGGCAGCCCAGUCCCAGCCUGCCAUUGCACCCUUCAGCAAAUUUGAAGAGAGGAAAACCAAGGAGAAGUCACGGAAAGUCAACACAGUGACUAAGUUUUUCACUCCCUCAGCAAGGACACCACCCAAGAAAGACUCUGUCCCUGGCGAGGCCCAGUCGACCCCCAGCCCCUCAGUGAGCCGCAAGCCCUUAGAGACGGACCGCACCACACGAGAGUUCAUCGACUUCCUCAAGACACUGAAACCUGGCAGGGAGAUCUUCAAACAGUGCCAGGCCUUCACAGAGAGCAUGGCCUGCAAGAGGGACCUGGGUGCUGAUGAGCUGUCUGAGUGUGUUCAGGACUUCUACCAGAACCUGUCAGAACGCCUGCAAACACACUAUAAAGGGUCGUCGGAGCGCGUGGAGAUUGUGAUGGACGAGGUAGAGAGGUACAUGAUGACACGUCUCUACGAUGAGGUCUUUUGUCCUGAGACCACAGACGAUGAGAAGAAAGACCUGGCUGUUCAGAAGAGAAUCAGGGCCUUGCAUUGGGUCACCAUUGAGAUGCUGUGUGUCCCUGUGGAUGAGGAGAUUCCUGAGGUGUCUGAUAAUGUGGUCAAAGCCAUCACAGACGUGAUAGAGAUGGACUCGAAGCGUGUGCCCAGGGACAAGCUGAACUGCAUCACACGCUGCAGUAAGCACAUAUUCAAUGCCAUCAAGACCACCAAGAAGGAGGCAGCAUCUGCUGAUGACUUCCUGCCCACCCUCAUCUACAUCAUCCUGAAGGCUAACCCUCCGCGACUGCAGUCCAACAUUCAGUACAUCACCCGCUUCUGUAACCCUAGCCGCCUCAUGAGCGGAGAGGACGGAUACUACUUUACCAACCUGUGCUGUGCGGUGGCCUUCAUAGAGAAGCUGGAUGGCCAGUCUCUGAACCUGAGCGCUGAGGUGUUUGAGCUCCACAUGUCAGGCCAGGCGUCCCCCCAGCGGCCCCAGGCUGCUCCCUCCCCCCCAAGCAGUGCUGCUUUCAGCGAGAUGAACGAGCGUCUGGACCUGCUGACGGGGCUGGGCGUGAGGCAGGAACGCGUCGUGGAGGGAGCUCGCCGCCUGGAGAGUGACCUCAUCGACUGGAGGGACGGGGUGGAGCACAAAGUGCAGGAUGUGUUGGAGAGGUUCCCCCUGGAAAUGCACCCCCCCGCCUCUUCUGCCAUAGACACUGACAACGUGGAGAACGACCUGCUGCCUCCUCCUCUCCAGCCGCAGUUGUUUGCCGGCUGACCCCCAACACCCCAGUACCCUGACCCUCUGGACUUGUUACUCUCUCUCUCUCUCUCUCUCUCUCUCUCUCUGUCUCUCGCCACCCUGGAAAGUGGCUCCUGUUCUAAUGCAUAUAUAGGUUCCCUGUAAUGGAUCCAAGAAGUGUAACUCCAACCCUCCCCAUUGUAUGCAUCCUUAAAAUAGAUGCUUGCAGUCGCCUGUACCCCAGUACUCUUAAAUAGACCACUUUCUUGGUCGGUCUUCAGCACUGAUUAGUAAGUACCAGAUAGGUUGCAGGAAUAUUGCCUUCAUCGAUGGUCAUGAAGGAAAGAAGAUAAGGAAUGGAAGCCUUUUAAGACUGUUGGGACACAGACCAUCGAUUUUAUCCCCUGUAUUACUCCUGACUGAUUCCAAGUCUGAGUACAGAAACCCUGGUGAGAGGCAUCUGUUAGGAUCAUGUGUAUGUAACCACAACCAAAUUUCCCCUGAAUAUGUCUAUAAAUAUGUGUGUAUAUAUACACAGUGGGGCAAAAAAGUAUUUAGUCAGCCACCAAUUGUGCAAGUUCUCCUACUUAAAAAGAUGAGAGAGGCCUGUAAUUGUCAUUAUAGGUACACUUCAACUAUGACAGACAAAAUGAGAAGAAAAAAAAUCCAGAAAAUCACAUUGUAGGAUUUUUUUAGGAAUUUAUUUGCAAAUUAUGGUGGAAAAUAAGUAUUUGGUCACCUACAAACAAGCAAGAUUUCUGGCUCUCACAGACCUGUAACUUCUUCUUUAAGAGGCUCCUCUGUCCUCCACUCAUUACCUGUACUAAUGGCACCUGUUUGAACUUGUUAUCAGUAUAAAAGACACCUGUUCACAACCUCAAA